UCAGAUAUCAGUUGCAUGCUUAGUAGUAUCAUACUGUAUGACCAAACGCUUCCUACUAUUUCUGUUUGAGCAACGAAGAUCCAGGGAAAUCUCGAACAAGAAGACAAGGCACGUUGGAUUAUAGAAAAACCCAGUACGACAAAUAACAGCAAGUAAGCAACCAUCAGAAAUCAUUGACUACGAAGCCACGGAUACAAACCACAGGAGACAACUCCAGCUGGAGUUAUAGACAAGUCCAGGAACAGCAAACCAUAAAUUGUCCACGAGCAGCAAUCAAAGGCACGUCCAGGAACAGCAACUAUAGGCAGUCCACGAGCUGCAGUCUCAGGCACGUCCAGGAACAGCAAGCAUUGGUAGUCCAGGAGCAGGGGUUACGGACAAGUCCAGGAACGGCAACUAUAGGCAGUCCACGAGGUGCAGUGUCAGGCACGUCCAGGAACAGCAACCAUUGGUAGUCCAGGAGCAGGGGUUACGGACAAGUCCAGGAACAGCAACUAUAGGCAGUCCACGAGGUGCAGUGUCAGGCACGUCCAGGAACAACAACCAUUGGUAGUCCAGGAGCAGGGGUUACGGACAAGUCCAGGAACAGCAACUAUAGGCAGUCCACGAGGUGCAGUCUCAGGCACGUCCAGGAACAGCAACCAUAAACCGUCCGCGAGUCACAGGGAAGCCAGGUGUAGUACUUUCCAGUAAAAUAUGAUACCCAAACUGAAACGUGUUUUAAUAUCCCUCUGUUGUUUUGGGAUAUGUGGUUGUGUCUAUUUUGGACUUCGGUUAACAAGGACCAAGGACUUCUUAACCAAACGUGACCACACAGACCAGUUCAUUGUGAAGGAACAAGCAUACUAUCGACAGGCAGACUUGAAUAACACAACGGCCAAAAGGGUUGGUGUAAAGGUAUCAGAGGUGUCCGUCAAAACUGCGAAUCCAUUUAAUGGAGAAGCCAAACAGCCAACUGAACGUAUAAAGCACAGACCAGUGAGCUCAUAUUCUUUGCCACCGACGUUAUUCAAUGGGACAGACAUGAACCCUAAGAUAAUGGCCUUCUUCACAAAGAAUGCAUCUGAUCCUCGAGAUCCGUACAUAAAUCUACACCAAUUUGUGUACUCUCUUAACCCAAGUGUUUGUGCAAAUACAAGUGUAUUCUUGAUGAUGGUGAUACACUCGGCUCCGGGGAAUGCCAAGAAGAGAGAUCUUAUUCGAAAAACAUAUGGCUCUCUGGCCAAAUACAGGGGAAGAACACUUGCCCACGUCUUCAUAAUGGGAAGAACUACUGACGACAAGCUCCAAAACACAAUAAUAAACGAAAGCAAGCUUUAUGGAGAUAUUGUCCAAGGAAACCUUCCUGAUAGUUACUCAAACUUACCUCAGAAGCAUAUCAUGUCAAUGGAUUGGUAUAUACACCACUGUAACUCAUCAUACAUAUUAAAACUGGAUGAUGAUGUCUUCAUCAAUCCUUACCGAGUCAUUGACUUUCUUGCUGGUGGUGACCUCACCCAAAGAACAAUGUUCUGCACAAAGAUUUCAGGGAAAGGACCAGUGAGGAGUUCAAAGUAUAAAAGCUACAUUUCUUACCAAGAAUAUCCUUUUGAUAUAUACCCUUCAUUCUGUUUAGGCUAUGCAUACAUCACUACACCGGAAUGUUGGUAUUCCAUGCAUGAAGUGUCCAAGAACAGCAAAGCUCUUCGUAUGGACGACGUGUUCGUAAGUACUGCACUGGCUAUGAAAGCGGGAGUAAGAAAAGAAGACUUCGGGAAAAUAGUAUUCGAUUGUUGGUAUCACAUGAGUCACUUAAACAUAGAGACCCUUAGAAAGAAGGCAAUAGUCAUAGACAGAGCAAAUAGAUGUGGCAGCCGACCUUUUCAUUAUUGGGAUCACAUAAAAGAAGACUUAGUUUCACUAAGAACGUUUAAUAAUUCUAAGAAAUACCAGGAAAAUAAUAUCGGAUGAUAUUUCCCUUCUACGGCUGCUAUUUGUACAUUGCAGGGAGUGAAAUAGCUGCAGAACAUGUUUACUUUACGAAACAGACAGAAACAGAUAACUUCGGACCAUCUGUUGUUAUGUGUCUUUGUUCAAACUAGGGGAAAGAGCUAGAUUCACGAGUUAGUUAGUGGGUGAGUUUAGUUUUAAGCCGCACUCAGCAAUAUUACAGCUAUAUAGCUGCAGUCAGUAAAUAAUCGUGUCUGGAC